AGGUGCAGUCACGUUUGCCACGUUUCACCACCCGUGUGGUUUUUUCAUACGUAAGAUCGUCAUAAAAAAAAUUAUACCUACUUGGAAAAAACGACUAAGACGGUCACGUGAAAGUCACUAUGCGGACGACCGGCUGAUUAAGAAAGGAUAACAGCUGAGCAUCGGGGCCAUGUCGACUGGUAGACACGAAUCGUUCACGGCUGAAUACUGCACCGGCGAAACAGUCACGCUGUACGGCCAACAGCAACAGACAAGUAUCCAUCUUCAAACGCACGCUAACAUCAGCAAUGUUCCGUUGAACCAAAAAGGGGAACCAAUUAAAUUGCCGGAUAACUUGGAAAGUUUGCCACGAGCCGAACAUUUUCCUAUCCAAAGACAUCGCUGGAACACUAACGAGGAAAUCGCUGCUAUACUAAUCAACUUCGAAAGACACGGCGAAUGGCAGUCAAAAGAAGUGAAAGUCAGACCGAAAAGCGGUUCGAUGUUAUUGUACAGCAGGAAAAAGGUGCGGUACCGACGCGACGGAUAUUGCUGGAAAAAAAGAAAGGACGGGAAGACAACGCGAGAAGAUCACAUGAAGUUAAAAGUCCAAGGAACUGAAUGUAUUUACGGGUGUUAUGUCCAUUCAGCCAUACUUCCGACAUUUCACAGACGUUGCUACUGGUUACUACAGAACCCGGAUAUGGUGUUGGUGCACUACCUGAACGUUCCAUACCCAGAUGACAACAAAUUGUCGGUCAUCUCUCCAAGUUUGGCGCUGUGGGCUGACCGAAAAGAGUGGACAAAAGACGAACUCGUGUCACAACUUAAGCCCAUGUUUUACGAGGAAGACCCUGACCAUAACAAUGAUAUGGAAGUGGCGACCGGAGAUGGCGUGUCGGCUAUGGUCACACAGUUAAUGGAAUGGCAAAAAAACGCAAGGGCUUCUUUGCUAAGUCGAACACUCGAGUGUGGAUGUCCCGAUUCCACUUGUGCAGAUGGCCAAUCUUGUUCGCGACCGAUCAGGCGCAUAUUAUCAUCAGACAGCAAUCAAGUGUCGUCAACAACAGGCACCCGUGCACGAACCACCACAAUGUUAUUCACCACUCAUCCCGUGAACCCUGCCAGGAUUACUAUAACCACGGCUCAAAAUGGACAAUCUACCGUGAACACGAUAGGCAAUAAUUUGUUAACAAAUUCUACAAAGGAUUUUUGCAGUCAACCGCAGCAACAGCAAAUUAUUCUUAAAAAUGACUGCAAGACAACGGUUCUCUCUUUGAACAAUCGACAACACCCGAUGAUCGGCGUACCCGAAAACAACGGCGUUUACAAGCAACAGCCGGUGGUGGACAACACUAUGCUGGGGUACAACGACCACAAGCAGUCACAAGCCUAUCACAGCUCCCAUGCGGCGGACGAACACGUGCACGUUUACCAGAGCCAACAGGACCAUCGGCUGAAACAACAACAGCAACAGCAUACGGACGAGCACGUCAAGUCAGAGUUCUACGACGUCACUUUGGACUUGUCGCACGACGACAUACAGCAGACCCUGUCGGCCAACAUGCCACCCGUGUCGUGUGCCGGCGCCGAUCAACUUUUACGACUCGACGACAACCGCAACAACAAGACGUCCGGUGACACGGGGGACGAUGACGUGUUCGUUAGCCUGGACGCUUUCGACAUGCUCACCGAUCUCCAAGAACUCGACAUGCUGGAAAACGCUGGCCAACAAGGCUCAGCCAUAAUGGUAACGGGCAUGGACGAAAACCUGCAACAUUCACACGGGCAAACCCAAAUGGACGUGGACGUAUUGCAGAUUACCGAUUACUGUCCAGAAUGGGCGUUUCCCGAGGGAGGCGUUAAAGUGCUGAUUACUGGACCGUGGUUUUCUUCUUCUUCGUACACCGUCAUGUUCGACACGAUCGCCGUCCCGAGCACUCUGGUCCAAGGAGGCGUUCUACGCUGCUAUUGCCCGGCGCACGACAUAGGUACGGUUACCUUGCAAGUAGUCAUUGACGGCAGGCCCGUAUCGACCACUGCCAUGUUCGAGUACCGUCAACACGAGAUUCCGCUUACCAUAUCCUCGUUGACAAUGCCACACACGCCGUCACUACUCAAAUUGUAUUUACUGCAAAAGCUCGACACGCUCGAAGAUUACUUACAGACCAACAGCCAGCACUCCGAUCAGCUACUUAUACAGAAAGACAGCGCAGUUAUGUUGAGUAAAUCCAACUUUGAAAACUGGCUGGUCGACUACUGUGACCAAAAGAAACAGUUAACGUGGAAAUCUGAAUCGGAAUGCAACAUCAAACCACUGGAAACCGGGACGACGUUAUUGCACAUUGCCGCAUUUUUGGGAUACUCCAAACUUGUGUGUAAAUUGCUUCAAUGGAAACUAGAAAACGCAUCGUUGUUUUUGGAAUUAGAAGUAAAUGUUUCAAAGCAAGACAGAGAUGGAUACACACCAUUGAUGUGGGCGUGCAAGAAAGGUCAUAAGGACACGGCAGUUCUACUUUGCCAAUGGUAUCAGACGACCCAUAGUGCUGAUAACACAUUUAACUUAGACUUCUGUCAAACAGACAUUUUGGAAUCCGUUCAUCAAUAUUUCAAUGAUUUCGAUCAAAACGAGUAUUACGCCAGCGAAAACUUGACCAAUGAAAAUAUGUUUACAAACCCCAACGAAAUACUUUGUGACGUUAAAAAAGAUAUUAACACUCAACAAUUUGACGGACACAAUUCUCAAGCUGUUCAAAUGGACAAUUCGUUGACCAGAAUAUCUUCUGGAAACGAAAAUAAACCUAGUGACAACAAUAUAUUGAAUCUUCAAAGCGUGCAAUAUGUCAAACGACCGAUCCCAAAUAGUUUUUCAGAGAAUGAUGAAUGUUACAAUCAGUUCUGCAAACCCAUACAGUAUUACCCUUCUGUUAACCAGUUCCAAAAAAGUUUUACACUGCCACUGCAAUCUCCGAAUUCGGACAGCGGGAUUUCACUGGACCGAUCUCCUGUGCUGAACAAGUCUAAUUUUAUUAUUUGCUUGGUGACCUCGCUGUCGGAGAAACCGGCGGCAGCUGUAGCAGCUGUAGCGGCAGAAGACAGUAGUAGUGAUGGCGGUGGUAAUGGUGUUGUUGUUAGCCCCACUGAUGUUGUGAAUCAGAAUCAAUCAAACCAGGACCCUGAUGGCGCAAAAAUCCACAAAGCCACUGACCACGAGGCCCAAAAUCCCACAGGACACGGGGAACAAAAUGUCUGUGUACUCACAUUGGCUGAACAGUUCAUAGCCGCUAUGCCUGAACACAUCAAGAAUGAAAAUGAACACAGACAAUUAUCUGACACUUCAAUAAUAGAAAUAAUUGAUGAUCCACCAUCGACAGCAUCGCCUUGUUGCUUCGAUCCCAACUCGGAUAUCAGUACAGAAUUUAACGACAAACCAUACCGACAUCACCGUGAAAGAGAAAUAGAAACGCCAACGUCGAGCACAAAUAUUAGUUUAAGUCCGAUGUCUAGUGCUUCCCAGUGUUCGCCUAUCUCACCACCUCCUACUGCGGCGGAUUUGAGCGAAUUCCUUCAUGCAUCGGCCAACAACCAAUACGUUGAAAAGAACUUUUCCAAUCUCACACUGUCGGACUACGAGCAACGAGAGUUAUACGAAGCGGCUAAAACCAUCCAAAAAGCGUACAGGACUUAUAAGAAACGGGAAGAAUACAAAGAAGUAUCAGCCGCUUCAGUCAUUCAAAACUAUUAUCGUCGUUAUAAACAGUUUGCAUAUUAUAAACAAAUAACAAAAGCCGUCGUUCUCAUUCAAAACCAGUUCCGGUCGUACAAAAGACAAAAACGAAUAAAAAAAGAAAUAUCACAUUAUACAAAAAGCUCAUGUAGAAGUAUAAAGAGAAAUCAAACGCAGAAACGUCAAAAUCAAGCUGCCAAAAAAAUCCAACACUUUAUAAGACAUAACAAUGAGAGUAUGCCUCCUCCUGUAAAUUUUGCUGAACACACUUAUGGUUACCACGAAAGAGAUGAUAAUACUGAUCAUAGUCUGAAGUAUAAUAUGCCGACCAAAGCCGCUCAAUACUCAUCGGCUAAGUCCACCAUCUGACUUAUUGCUUCGCUCUCCAGUUAAUUCGAACUGUUUUCAUAUAUUUUACAGUCGAUGUAAAUAUUUUUGCAUUUUAACAAUUUUGCAUUCCAACGUUUUAACAGGCUGUUACUAGUAUCGAAAACACCAAUUUAAAAUGUAGUGUUUUUAAGUAACCUCAAAAUC